AUGUUACUAUAUCAUCUUUGGUUAUUAAUUCAAAAAUCACUUCGUUAUGCACGGCGUCGUCGUACAUGCUAUUGUUGUCCUACAAUAAUAUUUGAAUUACUUGCUCCUACAAUAUGUCUUCUUUUUUUAAUUCUUAUUCGAUGGAUGCAUGCACCAUCUGAAAUAAAUAAUGAAACUUCAUUACUUAAUCAAACAAAAUCUACAUCUAUUAAAUUGACACCACCUUCGAUUAUUUUACAACGUGAAUCUAAAUAUGUUUGGAAUUCUACAUUAAUGAAUGAAUGUCCAUUACGAGACAUAAUAAUAGAAAUAGUUGAUGAGAAUUUAGCAAAACAUCUCAAACGUACCUGUCCAAAGAGUAGUUUUAUUUCAACAUCAAACUCUGCACAACAUAAUGGACAUUUUUUACUUAAUAGAACUUCAAUAGGACUUAAUAUUAAUUAUCGAUGCCAAUAUGAUAAUCAAGAAAUAUGUCAAAAUACGGAUUUAUCUAAUGAUAAAGAAGAUUCAACAUUGAUUCAACAUCCAUCGUUAUCUAUAUGUUCAAAUAAAAAUGCUAAUGAAGAAAAUAAUCUAUUACAAGUUUAUCUUGCCAUUGUAUCUCGUAUAAAUCAACCCAUAACAAAACAACAAUUAUUUAUUUAUACAUGGCCAUGUUUAUCCUAUGCAUUUGAUCCUUUAUUUGAACUAGUACCGCGUUAUGUAUUAGGUUUUAUAUUUUUUUUUAUUGAUGGAUGCAUUUUAUGUGGUUUUAAUUUAUUAUUUCAUUCUUUAAUUCAUGAAAAACAUCAAGGAAUAAUUGAACUUCUUCGUCUUAUGUCUAUUCGUCCAAUAUUAAAUAGUUUUGCUUGGUUUCUACGAGGUUUUUUUAUACAAUUAAUAUCAAAUAUAUUAUUAAUUUUAAUAUUAACACGUUCAUUUGAUGGAGUUAUUUAUUUACCAUAUGUAUCAAUUUGGUUAAUUAUCCCAACGAUUUUCUUUUGGACUAUUCAAGUUCUUUCACAAGCUGUACUUAUUGCUCAUUUUUUUAACAGUAAUUUAAAAGCAACAAUUUGGUCAUGGUUUAUUUAUAUUGUAUCAUUUUGGUUAGCACUUUCAUCAUCUAUACGAUUACCGAUAUUUUUUCAUUUUAUUGCUUCAGCUUGGUUACCAUUUUAUUCAAUAAAGCCUGCAUUUAUUCUUCUCUUUCGAAUCAAUACUGAUUUAGGUCGUAAUAAUCUUAAUAGUGAACUGAUAUUAAUUUGGUUCUAUAUGUUAUUUGGUACUCUUCUGAUGUGGCUUUUAGCAUAUUAUCUUGAACAAACUCGACCAGGUAAAUAUGGUAUUCGACGUCGAUGGUCAUGGCCAUUUGAUUAUUUUCGUAAUAAUCAAAUAAAAAAUGCAAAAAAACGUGAAAGUAUUGAUAUGCAAAUGGUAGAAACAUUACCUGAUAUAAAUACUACAGUACGAGUUAAUAAUUUAACUAAAACUUAUGGUCGAUUUAAUACUGAAAAACAAUUAGCUGUUGAUCAUGUUUCAUUUAAACUAGAAAAAUCUACUAUUUAUGGUCUUAUUGGUCAUAAUGGUGCAGGAAAAACAACAACAAUGGAAAUGAUGUGUGGUUUAUUAUCAUGUGAUUGUGGUACAAUUGAAAUUCAUGAUAAAGAUUUACAUGAAAAUUUAACUGAACUUCAAAAAUAUAUUGGCUAUUGUCCACAACAAGAUAUGCUUUUUUCACAUUUAACUGUAAAAGAACAAUUAGAAUUUUAUGCUCGUGUUCGAUCAAAAGAACAUAAUAUUGAUUAUAGUCAAAUUCAAGAAUUACUUUCGAUGAUGGAUAUGCAUACAUAUAGUAAUCGUUUAUGUCAUCAAUUAUCGGGUGGUAUGAAACGAAAAUUAUCAAUUUUAUGUGCAUUUGUUGGUCAAGCUAAUAUUAUAAUAUUAGAUGAACCAUCAUCAUCACUUGAUCCAGUAGCUCGUCGAACAUUAUGGUCAUGGCUUCGAGAACAUAAAACUAAUCGUACAUUAUUAAUAUCAUCACAUUUAUUAGAUGAAGUUGAAGAACUUUGUGAUUCAAUUAUUAUUCUUGAUGCUGGUAAAAUUCGUGCACAAGGUACAGUACUUGAAUUAAAACAACAAUUUGGUCCACCAGGUGAUCGACUUCAUUUGGAUAAAAUGCCAACAUAUAUACCAAAAGAAUGGAUUAUUAAUGAAAAAUCUCAUUUUAUACAAAUUCCCAAUAGAAAAAAAUUAAUUUACAUACUUGAAAAAUUAGAACAAGAUAAUAUAAGAUAUUCUUUAGAAAAUAUUACACUUGAUGAUAUAUUUUUAAAAUUAACUUCAUCAAUAGAAUGUUCAUCGUCAGAAGAAAGUACUAUCAAGUCUUCAAUAAAUACAUUAUUUAAUACACGAACAAAUACGCAACGAAGUCAGCUAUGGUGUCAACAAAUUUUAGCUGUAUUAAUUAGACGUAGUCAAGUUUUUCUAAGACGAGCUCGUUUAUUACCAAUUUUAGUACUUCUUUAUUUGGUUUAUGUUUUUGCACCAUUGUAUAUACCAUCAUUUGCUCCAAUAUCUGUAUCAUCUACGGAACAUAUUCGUUAUAUUAUUUCAUCUCACUCUAAUGUAAUCGAUAAAUUAUCAUUUAAAAAUCUUGAUACAAAAUUUACUCCAUCAUUAUAUUCAGUACAAGAAUUUCAAGAGUAUCUAUUAAGAAUAAAAACAUGGCAAUCAGAUAAUCAUCGUCAAAAAAUACUAGUUGGUCUUCGCAUACCAUCGUCUAAUCAUCUUGAAUGUUAUGUUCCAUCACCAAUUCUACAAAAUGUUAUCACAUCAUGUCUUCCCAUAUAUACAUUAUUUCAUAAUUAUACAUUUAUUCCAUUACAUUUAAUUCAUCAUCAUGCAACAAAUCCUUUUAGAGAAUUUUCAUUAUCAAAAUCUGAUCCAUUGUUUUAUUGUCAUCAUACAUUACCAUUUAGACAUCAUCUAUCAAUUAUUUCACUUUCAAUUAUUUUAAUUCUUUGUGCUGCUUUAAUUAUUCAAGAUUAUAAAUCAGAUCUUUAUUCAUAUUCACUUAUUCAUGGUCUUCGUUCAUCAAUUCAUUGGACAAUUAUAUUUCUUAGUGAUCUUAUUAUAUGUUUUCUAUGGCUUUCGAUUCUUAUUCUUAUUGAGCGUUUUGUUCAUUCAUCAAUAUUUAAUGGUCGUUUUUUUGCAUUGACACCAUUAUUUUUUAUUGUUGAUCUUCCAUUUAUUUAUUUAAUAGCUAAAUUUUUUAAUGCACCAAUAUUAGGUGCUACAAUAAUUGUAUUCAUUCUUCAACUUGCUCAUGUCUUAUAUGCCUUUAAAGUAAUUGCUGAAUUUGUUCGCGGUUAUCAUACAUUUUGGACAAUCGUACAAAUUUUACAAUGGUUACUUGUAAUUAUUUUUCCAAAUGUGAAUGUACUUACAUUACUAGUAACGAUUCUUCGUCCAUAUUCAUGUUCAUCUGAUUAUGCUCAAUUAACACCAGACAAUAUUUUUUCAAAUGAACGUUAUCCACAUAAAUUACUUAUACAUAUAUUAAUAUUCAUUGGUCAAUUUAUUCUCUAUUUUAUUUUAUUAAUUAUUAUUGAUAAAUGGAAAAUACCAGUAUUAUAUAAAUGUAAAAAAAAUGUUAUUAAUCAAUAUGAAGAAGAUAAUGAUGUUGCAGAAGAAAGACAUCGAAUAGAAAUACUGAAUAAUGAAGAAAAACAACGUGAAGCUCUUAUUGCUGAUAAUCUUUCUAAAUAUUAUGGUUAUUCAUGUUUUCCAGCUGUUAAUCGAUUAACAUUUGCUGUACCUCAUCGACAAUGUUUUGGUCUUUUAGGAUUUAAUGGAAGUGGUAAAACAACAACAUUUCGAAUGUUAGUCGGAGAAUUAUUACCAACGAAUGGACAUAUUUAUAAAAAUAAUAAAGACUCAAUUGGUUAUUGUCCACAAGAUGAUAUUAGUUUUUCAGGAUUAAAUGUUCAACAAUCUAUUGAUUAUAUAUGUCGUAUUCAUGGUCUUAAUCCAUCAUUAUUAAAUAAUUUAAUAUUAUCUCAAUUUCAAUUAGAAAAAUAUCGUCAUCGUUUAGUAUCACAUUUAAGUGGUGGAACUCGUCGUCGUCUUCAUUUAGCUUUAUGUCUUAUUGGUUCUCCAACACUUCUUUUACUUGAUGAACCAACAGCUAAAAUUGAUCCAUUGUUACGUAGUCAUAUUCGACUUUUAUUACAUCAUCGUCCAAUAGAUACAUCAAUUGUAUUUGCUUCACAUUCCAUGCUUGAAUGUGAACAAUUAUGUGAUCGUUUAACAAUUCUUGUACAUGGUAAUGCAGUAUGUUUAGGUUCAAUUCAACAUCUUAAAGAUAAAUAUGGUAUUGAUUAUCGCAUAAGAUUAACACCACUUCAGUCAUCAUUUGAUAUACCAUUACUUAAACGUGUUGAUAAUACUAAUGAAUAUACAUAUCCAAAAACUAGUUUAUCAAAUCUUUUCAAAAUAUUAGAACAGCUAGUUGAACAAAAUAUUAUUGCAUCAAACUAUACAGUACAAUUAACUUCACUAGAACAUAUAUUUCUGGGUUUUCAACAUACUCUUGAUAGUAUUGUUUAG